GCUUGCCAAGGAACUUGCAGAACGGAGCGCAAUGUCCAUCAAAGUCGGUGGAGCUUUUCGCCGGUCAGGUGGCAUCGUGUCGGCCAUAGGAAAGCAGCUAAAACUGGUCAACCUGAAGGCGGUGAAGCGAAUCACGGUUUCCUUCGAUCCAUUCCACGAGAAUGCCAUUCCGACGAGGGAAUUUUUGCAUCAUUUAUCUGCCCCAAAAAUAUCCCAAACCAACCCCUCCUGCGUACUUAAGACGGAAGUGUUCUGCGACCGAAGGCCACCCUCCGUUAUCUUUCAACUAAUACCAUCGGUACAAGCCGAAGCUAACCUUAAAAAUAUAGAAUUUAACAGCGAAAACUUGUCCACGCUCGAGCUGCUGAAGCUGUGUAACAAGCACGUGAGCACUCUGGCACCGAAGGAAAUAGCGGCCAGUGUAGCGAAGACCAAAUCUGAAAAGAAGGCCGGAGGUGGAGCGGGCGGAAAGCGGCGAUAA